UCUUUCUCUCCUUAUUUUUCCUUUAACUUAUAUGUCUGAAACAAUUAUUCGUGUUGGUAUAAUAAGAGCAAGAAACCUGGCAGCAGCUGACAAAACUGGAUUCUCAGAUCCUUAUGUUGUGCUUAGAGUAAACCAUAAGAAAUACAAGACAAAAGCGAUCGAACAAACAUUGGAUCCAGAAUGGAACACACACUUUGACAUCAAAGUAGCUCCUAAAAAGACACCAACCUUACUGUCCUUCACUGUUUGGGAUAAGGAUACUUUUGGUAGAGACUUUUUAGGAGAACUGACGAUACCAUUUAAAAAUAUAUUUGACCGAAAUGCACAGGGACUCUCUGAUGGAGUGCCGAGAAAUUAUAAUGACCCUUUAAAUUAUGAAGCUUAUUACACAUUAAGUAAAAGAAGUGAAAGGAACAACGUUUCUGGUGAGAUCUGUCUGAAGUUUGGAUUUUAUGAAGAACAUAUUGGUGAUCCUAAACGGUAAGAGAGAGAUUUAUAGUAGAGCAAAUUGAAGUUAUAACGCUAUGUAUUAUAGUUAUGCUGAUGCUUGGGAGCUA